AUGACAUCAAUCCAUCAAUCAAAGAAAACACAUUUAUGCUUCUGUUCUGUUUGCAAGAACAAAUCUGGCGGAUGCAAUAAAGUAUCUAUUCAGACAUUUAAAUUGCACAAGAGAAAAGAGGAUGCUGAACUUAAUGAUUAUUAUAACAGUAAGAGAUCAGUGAUUACAACUUCAAUUGAAACUAUCCCUGAGACUAUUCAAGAAACUAUUUCUGAUGUUAUUAUUGAUGAUGAACAAUACUUUGAGGCCGUAGACGAUUUCAGUGACAUGGAUUAUGACUUUAACUUAGAAAACAGCACGGAAACAGAUAUGAGCGCACCAAUUAUUACUCAAGUCUUACCUAUUUCUGAAGCUGACAAUGUGUUUGGCAAUCAAGAAGACAAAGAUUCUAAUGAUAUUGAUUCUGAUGAAGACGAUGAUGACAAUGUUGAAAAUAAUAUUGAGGACAAAGCAUACUUCUCUGAAUCAAACUCAGAGUUGAGUUUCAUUCAUUGUUUUAUUGUAAAGAUUCUUGUGCUGUUUGUAUCAUUGUACGUAGUUGACGAAGGUGCCAUUAUUCUCAUUGCCAUCAUGAACAAAAUCCUUGAGCUGUUCAGAGAUCCAUUCCACCUUUCUGUUAGCAUCCCUGGUCUCAAAAGCAUGGCAGGUUUUAAUACUUUCACAAAUGGGAUCAAAAAAUAUAUUGCAUGCAGUGAGUGCCAUGGCAUUUAUAAAAACAAUGGAUCCACUCCUCCUUGUUGUACAUUCCGCAAGUUUGGCACAAAUAAUCUUUGCAACAGCACCUUGUUCAAAUCAGGAAGACAGUCCACAAUUCCUAAAAGAACUUAUGUUUACCACUCUGUUGUUAAGUCAAUAACAUCUCUGCUCUCUCGCCCUGAAUUCAAACGCCAGAUCAAUUCAUAA